CGUGCAGCGCGCCGUCCCCCUCAACCACCGCAGUGCCCUCGCUCAUUCACGCAUUCUCUGCAAUAAUAAGCCCUCACAAAUCCCGCAAUGUCGGCCGCCAGCACCGAGACUAGUGCCCCGCUGCCCACCGCCGGCGGCCGCGUCUUCUUCCAGGCUGCGCCCGGCGUGGGCUGCGUGGGGUCCGGCCCCAUCACCGGCGACGACCCGGUGCAGAAGAAACAGGGCAAAGUGACGGUCAAGUACGACAGGAAAGAGCUGCGGAAAAGACUGGUCCUGGAGGAGUGGAUCAUUGAGCAGCUCAGCGAGUUGUAUGACUGUGAGGAGGAGGAGAUGCCAGAGGUGGAGAUAGACAUCGAUGACCUGUUGGAGGUCACCAGUGAUGACGAGAGAGCCAGCAAACUGCAGGAAUCACUAAUAGACUGCUACAAACCAACAGAGGACUUUGUCCGCGAGUUGCUGGGCAGGAUAAGGGGAAUGAGAAAACUCAGCGCGCCGACCAAGAAGGGCCUAUAAUGGCUGUCAUGUCAACAUCAAUCGAACAUAAACUACAUCAUCUCAGCUCCACCUGCUUAACCCACUCAACAUGGACCGUCAUCACAUAGAAUAACUUCAAUCAAAACAUUAGUAACUCUUCUGCAACCUGCAAACAUGCACCAUAAAGCCCAUGCAUAUAGCACAACAAGAUGUAUUAUAAUAUUUGACUGUUGAAAGGUACGUGAGAAAAAACAGAGCCAACAUGGUAUAAUCGCAAACAGCCGCAAGAAAAUGUCAAAACCCGGCAACGUGCCAGAACUGCAACUGUGCUUUAACAUGAAUACCGCCUGAUUCCACAUUUAAGAGCCAUGUUAGAACUUUUCAAACCAAUGCUGUAAUCCCAACAGCCAUACAGACUAAAACACCAAUAAAUCUCAAAAAGGGUGGUGGUUUAAAAAAAAAAAAAUGUUUGUACUGCAGUAGGUGUGAAAUUAGCUGUAGCACUAUGUAAACAAAGUGCUUCACGAUUUUGUCUUUUUUACUGAGGUGUUUUGCUGUUACUUCUUUUUAAAGAUGUACUGUGUGUUGCCAUUUAUUGUUCACGUGAUUGAAAUGUGGUCUUCAACAGUUUUUGUUUUUGUCCUACUUUUAAAGUCAACCUCCUUAUUCUUACUCUGCCAGUGCUUACAAAUGUAAGCGAGAUCUGUAGUUUAAUUUUCAAGCACAAGGCGUCAAUACAUCGAUUCUGUCCUUUUGUGAUGUGCAAAUUCUGGAAAGAGCGGGGACAUUUUAGUAAACAAGGCUAAAAUAGUGUGAAGAGUUUUGCUUUUUACCCACUGUUCUUAUACAUUUUUCACCACAGCAAGGCCUGAUGGGUGUUGCAGUUCUCUGUAUGACACUACAACGCCUGUAUGAUUGGCAGCCUUUCACUUAUCAAGUUAUGCGGUGUUG